AUGGAAACCCCAAAAGACCGCUGCAAUCCCAGCGAAGAUAACACCGUUGCUGUUUCUGUUCAAAUUGCCCCUUCAGUUUCGUCUAAUGGAAAUAAUGAUCCCAGUGAAAACAUCCCUCAAGGACACCAAUGUGAGCCCAAUGCCAACAAUGAAAACAACAGGAGCAGCGAUGCGUUCGCUAAGGGUUUAUCUACGAUGCUUGCCAGUAUUAUCAGGGACUUCGAUUCUAAAGCUCAGGACACUCUCAAAAGUCAAGACUACCUUAAUUGCGCUAUAGAUCGUCUUGCCAGAGAGCUUGAUCAAUUGUUAGAAGAUGCGCCCUUGCCGUUCAUUAUGCAGCAUGCUGCAAAGAUUUCAGGAGUUAGAAAGAGAGUUUCGUCAUUGAACUCUCUUCUAAAAUCUAUACAGCGCCGUGUUGAUAAUAUUGAUCUGAUUCUAUCUGUGGGCUCACUACAAGCAGACAACUAGAGAGAGAUCCUGACAACACUUGGCACGAGGCAGGUUUAAAUGAGAGGAGGAACAAGAAGUAUAUUAAGUAGUCCGCUCUGAUGCGAGUUGGUGAAUAAGCCUUCACAGGCAUAGAUCUCGUGGGGCCUGCACACUAGUAAUACUACUGCUACAAAACAAGAAGUAGAUCGAGUAGUUGGCUCCGAUGUGAGUCGGUGAAUAAGCCUUCGAAGGCAUAGAUCUCAUGAGACCUGCACCCUAGUACUGCUACUUGGAGCCCGAAGUGCAAGGUCCAUCAGAAUGGACGUUUGUUCUCUAGACAAUUUACAUUCACUUGUCACAUGCAGAAUAGAAUAGUAGAUUAAGCAUAGGCUAGAGUGCAUUAACCUUUAAAACAAGUCUCAUCAUCCAUUUCACCAGAAUAUCAAGUCAAAUUUAUCUCAACACAUUAAAUAGAACAAGUCUCAAAAUAAGUUACUAAAACUAGAAGACAACCAAAUGAAGUUUUCCACAUCCUCCAACCAUUCAAGCAGGGCAAGCUGAAGGUAUCAGGAGAAAACCCCAUCUUGUUGAAAUUUCAAGCGCCUACUUGGAUCUCUGCCUCAUCUUUCGGCGCUUCCUCUUUAAUCUCCUCAUACGCUUCUUCUUCCACUAAAGUUACAAAUAAUGAACUUAAAGUCAAACAAAUUUUAAAAAUCAAUAUCAAUAAGCUUUAAAAGGACCCAAUAAAUAUGUUGACAGUAGAUAGAAGAGAUACACGUUCUCCGCUGGAUGGAAGGACAAGCAAUCUUCAUAUUAAAAUUUAGCUAGAGUAGUAACUGAAAAAUACCCUUUCAUGACACUGAGUAAGUUUAACAUUACUUACGAUAUUAAGACAGAAGUAAGCGAUAAUAGCAAUGUAUAAGUUUAUAAUAUCAACAAAAUGUUCGGAAAAAUCAGAACUCAACGCAUAUUUGUCUAUAUAAAUUUAUAAAAAUGAAAAACCAAAUUCCCAUGAAGGCCAGAAGCAAUCAACAAGGAGUAUAUCCACAAUAGAAGUAAAAUAUUUCUAUCCAGCACCAUUUAAUUAGAGCUAACAAUUGAAUCAAAUUCCCAAGGUACCCAUCAGCGCGUAACAAUUUUCUUAAUAUAAUAAGUUGAUUUAACUGAACCAUGGUAAAUCACACUAAAUUGUUCCCAAAUUCAAUAAGCAAGAACAGCUGCAAAUCAAUUCCGCCACUACCUUUAGAUUGCAUAAUUUAAUGAAGAAAUUCAAGAAAAAAUUUAUACCGGUGAACACAAAACUAAUAUUGGCAAUGACCAUUAACCUACGUAUUUACAAUAACCCUUGCUGCGUCACGUCUUCUCUAAUAGAUUAUAUUUUUCAGAAAGCAAACAGAUCAUGUUAUAAAAAUCUACGAAAGACCAGAAAUUAAGGAGCAAAAAUUAAAGCCACAGAUACCUUAGCUCUCAUCCUGUCAAGCUUUCAGGAUCUGCUUGCCUCACUUUGUUCAGCAAUUCCUCUAGAAUGAACCAGAGUUUCUCCACAAAGCUCUAAGACGCCAAUAGAGCGCGUUCCUCUGCAAUUUAUAGGCAAUAGGAAACCCCAAUCGGACCUCAGGCAUCUCAAGGGUUAUUUUCGUCUUUGUAUAUAUUUGGUCUGUCGGUCCAUGAAAAAUAUGAUGGGACUCAUUGAGAUCCAAUGGAACUGUUAAAUGGGCUGCUUAGCCCAUUCGUUAGAAACCUCGAACUCAAAUCUGCCACAUAUGAUUCCUCUUCUUCUUCCUGGGAUGCUUGAUAAUUCAUUACUGAAAAUGGAAUCCCCACAAGACCGCCGCAACAGAAAUCCUAGUGAGGAAAGUAAUAUUGCUGUUUCUUUUCAAUUAGACCUUAGUUUCCUCUAAUGGAAAUAACAAUCUCAGUGAAAACAACCCCCAAGAACAGCAAUGUCAGAUCAACACUGACAAUGGAAACAACAAGAGCAGCAAAGCGUUGGUCAAGGGUUCAUUUCUGAUGCUUGCUAGUAUUAUCAGGGACUUCGAUUCUAAAGCUCAGGUUGCUCUCAAAAGUCAAGACCACCUCAAUUGCUUCAUAGAUCGUCAUACCCGAGUUUCUUUGAAUGGUAUUAGAGCUCGAUCAAUUGUUAGAAGAUGGGCCCUUGCCGUUCGUUAUGCAACAUGCUGCAAAGGUUUCUGGAGUUAGAACGAGAGUUUCGUCAUUGAACUCUCUCUUAAAAUCUAUACAACUCGGUAGUGAUAAUAUUAAUCUGAUUCUAUCUGUGGGCUCCCCACAAGUAAAGGACGCGUGAUUUCAUCAUGAGCAGCAUCAACCCCUUGAAAAAAAAUCAUUCCCAAUUCAAAUUUCUAAUUGUGCAUCUUGCAUUUGGAGAGAAGGGGCGUGCUGAGCUAAUGGAAGCGCAUACCUGCUACAAACAAACCAUCAAGCAAUGGAAUCAACUUUUUGUCUUUUUUUUUUUCUUUUUUAAUUGAUAAAGAAUCUAGUAUGGGAGGUGGGGAGUGGGAACAUUUUGUGAAGGCUGAAUUGAUGUCUCCCACAAGGAAGCAGUGUGGUCAUUUGAUUCUCUGAUGUAGCAGCAAUUUAUUAAACGAGAAAUCCCUCAGCAAUUUGGUGAAACAAACUGGUAAAAUCAGCAGCUAUUAUUCGAAUCAUAUUGGAGCUUUAGUUGCUAUGGUUGUUGUUGAUAACUAGUAUCAGAAAAAGAGAUUAAGAUGAUUCGUGGCAAAGGUUUUCCAGUGAUUUUUCUUUGAUCUACCUUGAGUACAAGGGAAUUUUUGCUAGUGGACGCAAGGUAUUCUAUAAUUUUAACGUGUGUCGCAUUCUAUUUUAUGCUUUAUGUUGAUGUAGAUUUUCUCUAAUACAAAGUGUAGAAGAUUUCUCUCUAGUUUUGGUGAGAUAUUUUCUCUUUCUUCCUCGCUUCAUCCUCUUGGGUUAGCCAAGUUAUUCCACUCCCCACUUUGAGUUGAGCUGUAAAUACUUUUGGAUGUCGGUAAAUUAUUGCUUUUUCAGAUCUAGAAGUUCCGUAGUGAAGAUGGUAUCUUCAAGAUUUGUGUUGCAACAGCCAGUGAAUAAGUGAAAGUAAAGCUUUUGUGUGGAGUUUUCUCCACGGUUGGUUAUUUCAGUUUGUUAUC